ACGUCCAGGAAAACAAGUCGAAAAUCACAGCGCAGCCAGCCUGCGGACUAUAGGCUAUUAUCCACACUUUCCUAAGCAGACAUGUUUCGCAAUCAGUAUGACAACGAUGUGACAGUAUGGAGCCCGCAGGGUCGGAUCCAUCAGAUCGAAUACGCCAUGGAGGCAGUGAAGCAAGGAUCUGCAACUGUGGGACUCAAAUCCAGAACACAUGCAGUCCUGGUUGCAUUAAAGAGAGCCCAGUCUGAACUGGCUGCCCACCAGAAGAAGAUCUUACAUGUUGACAACCAUAUCGGCAUCUCUAUUGCUGGACUAACUGCUGAUGCCCGGCUGCUGUGUAACUUUAUGCGUCAGGAGUGCUUGGACUCGAGAUUUGUUUUUGACCGGCCACUUCCAAUCUCACGUCUCGUCUCCCUCAUUGGCAGCAAAACCCAAAUCCCCACACAGAGAUAUGGAAGAAGGCCCUAUGGUGUUGGACUUCUUAUUGCUGGUUAUGAUGACAUGGGACCACACAUCUUCCAGACCUGCCCAUCAGCAAACUACUUUGACUGUAAAGCCAUGUCCAUUGGUGCACGCUCCCAGUCUGCCCGCACCUACCUGGAAAGGUGCAUGGACAAGUUCUCCGACUGUAACCUGAACGACCUGGUGCAGCACGGCCUCCGCGCUCUCAGAGAAACUCUUCCCGCCGAGCAGGACCUCACCACCAAGAAUGUUUCCAUUGGCAUCGUGGGGAAGGACAUGGAGUUCACCAUUUAUGAUGACGAUGAUGUGGCUCCGUUCCUGGAGGGGCUGGAAGAGAGACCACAGAGAAAGGUUGCCCAGCCGGCAGACGAACCUGCUGCCAGAGAUGCAGCCGAUGAGCCAAUGGAGCACUGAGGCAGCCGAAGAUCUGCUUCCUGUUGAUCCCACAGCGACAACAGAGAAACUGUGAGGGGAAGGCUGCUGUCAUGUGCCACUGUUUAUUCAGAUUAGUCUUUGCUUACAUCAACCCAUGUCACGUUGCUUUUCUAUGGGUAAAGUACACAAUUAUACAAGUAAUAAACUGAUUUUUUUUUUGA